CUUGGGGCGAAACUCUGGUAAUACGGUGGUAUAUUGCGUUGACGAUGCCAAAAGUGAAUAGAAAAGAGUUGCUGGUGGGCUAGGCAAGCCCCUUAAAUAAUGGGAUGGAGUCUACGGAUCUACGCAGAGGUGCUUCUGUCUAUGUACGAACAAAGAAUGGAGCCGGUCCGUUCCGCUUGCGUGCUGACAUCGCUCUGACGGCAUCGGUUCGCUUCACCCUGCCAUUCAUCAGCCUGUCUCUCCUGAAAGUAAGCGUUGCCGGAUCUGCAGCGGGAGGCUCCGGAGCGGCGUUCCGCGCUACAACUCUAAAUCCAUCUAUCGAGAACUCGCCAGGUCUGCCAUCCUUCUUCUUUGACUUUUUUCGUGACCCUGCACCAUCGUCGUCCCCACUUAGCCGCGUGUGCUUUCCCAAAGACUUUUGCGCGGUUGCUUUAAUCUCCUCCUCCGCCUCGUCCAACUCCUCCGCAGCUUUCAACAGCUCGUCCGGCAGCCGUGUGAUUCGCUCCGCCAGUUUCGAUUUCUUUUCUGUUUGUUGCGCUGCGAGGCGUUCGUUUAUAUCCCGACGCUUCUUUCGCUCCUCAGUCUUUUGCUUCUUCUCCAGUUCCUUGGCUGCAGCAGCGGCAUUCAAAGCGCGUUCACGAGCGGCGGCGACCGAAACAGCCUCAGGCUCCGCCUCGGCUUCUUCAUUCUCCUCCUCUUCUUCGUCAGAGGAGUACGCAAUCUCGUCAGAGUCAUAUUGCUCCUCCGUGGCCUUCGUCUCUUCCACCGCCUCUUCGAUGGGUGUCUCGUCGGUUGACUGUGAUGACUCCUCUGCUUCUGCUGCUUCUACUCCUGCUGGCGAUUCUUCCCGCUCCUCCACCUGUUCCCGCUCUUCGACGGUGGUCCUCUUUCGAUUUCUCAACUGCAUUGCGGUUGCCUUCGGUAAGAUACUGUACAAUACAAAUGUAAAUUGGAAGGUAUCACUUGCUUGGUUUGCCGUUGUCAAAACCGAGUUCAGAAUUGGAACUUGAAGCCUCGAACUUAAUUGCGUUGUCACGUGUAAUCC